GCAUUCGAAAAGCAAAGAAAAAAGAAUGUCUUCAAUGUUGUUAUUCUUCUGGAUUCUAUUAUCAUUCUCAAAUGUUUUCAUCAACACGCAAGAUUAUUAUUAUGAGCAGAAUUUAAUUAUUCCAUUACGACAAUGUUAUUUGGAUUAUGAAUGUCCAUUUGCCAAUUCCGAAUGUGAAUGGUACGAUCAGGCGAAUCGUCAACGUGUUUGUAAAUGUAUUCGUGGUUUUCGAUGGAAUGGACAACAAUGCAUCCGUUAUAAUAAUGGUGGUAAUCAUCAUGAUGGCUGUUGGGAUGAUUGGAGUUUCAACAAUUGUACACCUUUGAUGACAAUUUCGAUAAUUACAUUGCUUAUUGUUGGAUUGGUUGCUUUAUUUGUCAUUGUUACCUGUAUUAUUGUUAGUUGUGCGAAAAAAUAGAAAAAAAUGAUGUUUUUUUCAAAAUUAUUAAUGAA